AUGCAGCCGGGACACCAAAGUAAGAUCACGAUGGCCCCCCGCCCCGGCGGCGGCGCUACUACUUUUCGGAAGCACGAUGGUGCUUUCGAGCAGCACGAGGACGAUUUUAUGCUCGGGAAGAACGACGGUGUUCAGCAUCACGCUUUUGGUGGACAUGAUACCACCAUGAUGACCAACUCGUCUGGACAUGGGUCUUACAUGAUCCUGGCUGCUGGCGAGGAACGCACGGUGGAUGUGGAGCAGCCUUCGAGUUUCGCUUUCGCCUCCGACACCGAUGAUUUGUCACAUGACCCCAAUCCACAGCCGUUGCCGUUUCCGUUCGGGGAAGAGGAGGAUGGUGAUGGGGGAAACGGAAACUACCACGGCAAGAAGAAAAACCAGAACAACAAGAAGACAGACCAAGAUGCGCGUGGUCGUGCCACUCAACAGCUGCAAGGCGGAAAAACCGCUUCCCGCCCGAACUGGCUUCUGAUCGCGGCGAUUUCUCUGGGAAGCGUCGUGCUCCUGGCCGGAAUCGCGGUCAUCGCGGUCGCCGUUUGCUACGGGUAUGGAGUUUUCGAUCAAGCGUCCUCUCAAGGACCACCUCUACGCACUGCAAAGCAUCGUACUACGUAGGAAUUGCAUGGCAGCAUUGGCAAUAAUUCUUUUCAGAAACGGAAAAAGGGUGUUUCUUGCAAUGCUGACUCAGAACGUAGGACUAGGAGUAAACGAAGCCAAGUUGUGCUACGCUUUAAGUAGUCCUCAUGAUCAAUAUGCAGUACAAUGCAAUUACUGUACGAGAGCGAAGAUGCUUUUGCAUUGCAUAACAGCCUUCAUCGGGGCCAACUUUCAACGGCGGUACGCAGGGGCCCCCGCUGCAGAACCACGCGGAACUACAGCAGUUGAAUGAGCUUGUCCAGCAAGACCCGAUUUUCGCCGAGAUUCAACGGGGGGAGCAGUCGCGUAGCGACAAGCAGCCAAUUCUGGUUUCCUCCGGCCGGAGUUUUGUCGACAUCGAUGCCGCCGUGGCCGCGCUGUGUGACGACCAGCGGUGCUUCGAUGACGCGACGGGAGAAGAGGUCGAGGUGGAAGAACAUCCGGGCCAGGCGCGCGUACUUCAUCUUGAUGGCCAGUCCAAUGAUCAUCUUCAUGCGGAGAUGAUGAACAAGAACACGGGAAGUUCUAGUAGAACCACUUCCUUUCUGCAACAGCAAGAUAAAGCAACUGGACGCAGCACCAGCAGAAGUUCUCCUGUUGUCAUUUUCCAGAAUGCUGAAAAUAACAAUCACAACAAGCGCCGCCCGCUCGUGUUUCCGAACAACCCUCUGCUCGCCUUUGUGCGGGCCUGGAAUGGAUCCGGAGCUGCGGGAAGUAGUGUUGCUAAUCAACACCAGCAGGGAGGUAAUGCUGAGAGCGGAAAGGAUGCGUUUCUGAACGCGACCACCCCGCCGAGAUUCUUCUUCUGCCGGAGGCGCAAUACAAAUAUCUCUGGUGCUGGUGGAAACCAGCAACAAACUGCUGAUCCCUCGUCCUCGCAGGCGCACGAGCAGCUAUGUCAAUACCCAGCUGUAGGCAGGGACGGCAUCGCUUAUGAAUCGCCGGAGCACUACGUAGCAGCCGGUGCCGCGGCGCCCGCAGGGAAUCAAAAUCAUCCGGGCGGAAUGAAGCUGUUCAAAAACUUGUUGCUCAAGAAACUGAUGGACGGGUGGCGAAAGCUGCACAACCUACCGGAGGUGCCGGAUGUGGCGGUGCUCCCGCAUCCUCCGGGUGCGAACGGUGGACUGCCGCCGCAGCAGCCUGGAGGAAGACUCCCGCCACACCAGGUUGUGCAAGGCGGGGGCGGAUCGAGCCAGCAACUACCGGGAGCCGCUGGCAUGCCUCCAGGCGGCCAGCAAGGCGGUUCGGGUCCUAACCAAGGUCAGCAAGUAGGCGGAGCACAGUCUGGCGGCCAACAGGGCGGUGCUGGGAACCAAGGUGGUCAGCAAGGUGGACAGAGCAACCAAGGACAGAGCAACCAAGGACAGAGCAACCAAGGACAGAGCAACCAAGGACAGAGAAACCAAGGACAGAGCAACCAAGGACAGAGCAACCAAGGACAGAGCAACCAAGGACAGAGCAACCAAGGACAGAGCAACCAAGGACAGAGCAACCAAGGACAGAGCAACCAAGGACAGAGCAACCAAGGACAGAGCAACCAAGGACAGAGCAACCAAGGACAGAGCAACCAAGGACAGAGCAACCAAGGACAGAGCAACCAAGGACAUGCCGGGAACCAAGGUCAGCAAGGUGGACAGAGCAACCAAGGACAAAGCAACCAAGGACAGAGCAACCAAGGCCAGGGCGGACAGAACAACCAGCAAGGCCAAGAUGGACAGAGCAACCAAGGCCAGGCCGGCGGAUCCUCCGGAGCAGGCGGUGCUGGCUCGUCUGGCGCAGGCGGGGCGAGCGGCGGAUCCUCCGGCGCAGGCGGUGCUGGCUCGUCUGGCGCAGGCGGGGCGAGCGGCCAAGGACAGAGCAACCAAGGAGGACAGAGCAACCAAGGAGGACAGAGCAACCAAGGACAGAGCAACCAAGGACAGAGCAAUCAAGGACAGAGCGACCAGGGGCAGAGCAACCAGGGACAGAGAAACCAAGGACAGAGCAACCACGGCCAGGGCAGACAGAAUACCCAGCAAGGUCAAGAUGGACAAAGCAACCAAGGCCUGGCCAGCGGGGCGUCAGGAGCGAGCGGUUCGGGGACCUCCGGUGCGGGUCUGGCGAGCAGCGGGUCUCAGAGCGCAAAUGGGCCUUCCGGUGCAGGAGCGUCGUCAGCGGCACGUGGCGCGGGCCAGAGCAGCCAGCAGCAGCAGCAACAGCCAGCCGCGUCGGCUGUGUUCCAGAACAGCGCUGCGACCGGGUCUGCGGACAAUGCCCUCAUCGCCCUGCAGCAACAAUGUCUGACAGGCGACCACAAGACUGUGUGUCAAAGUCAUGUUCAAAGAUCGCUCGCGGGACUAAGCUACGGCGACACGGCAGCGCGAGAUUCACCGCAAAUUCAGGCGCUCGCGAUUGUCCAGAACACAACGUGGUUCCGCCGAUACUUGGCCGACCAACUGGCUCAGAUUUUACUCGCCAGGAGCUUCUUCCCGACCAACUGGCUCCGAUUUUACGAAGAUGAGCUUCUUCCCGCCGCUGCAAAGAGCCGAAUUCUGAAGGCGACGCCGCCGGCGGACCAGAUGGAACCAGGAGCACCCCCACCUGCACCUGCUAGCUUGUUUACCCUGGUGCGCGAAUCCUGGGCGAUAGGACAAGGAUUACGACAAGAUCCGCACUAUGCGGCGACGCUCGAAAGGGGUAGGAACUGGGAAUUGUUUUGGUGCCAAGACCGUAGCAGGCCCGAGCACGAGACGGCCCCGGAGACAGAGGCGGGGAACCAAGCGCUGCAUUGGAGCGAAUGGGAGAUCAAAGUCGACCGCGAGCUGUCGUUGGAACAGCGUGCAUACCUUUGCUACAUUUCGGUGCCCGACGAACUCCAGAGUGCGGACCCGAACAACGUGCCACGAGAGGACGCACAGAAGCUCCCUCGUACAUCGGAGGUGGCAGAGCACGGCAUAGUUGCCCCGGGAGGUUUUCUGGAACUAACGGAGCUGUGGGUCGCCUCGGCGCUGGUGCUGGGGGUGGAUUUGAACCUCUAUUGGGAUUUUACCGAGGACGCCACGCCUGAGGACCCUCAAACUGCUGUCUGGGUUGCAUCACGCUUCAGGCUUCUCGGUCAUUUCCCUGGGCCAGCGCCGAUGUCAGGUAGUGCGACACCUGCACUAGUAACCGCGUCUGCGUCUGCUUCUGCAGCUUCCUCGUCCUCCUCUUCCUCCGCCCGACCCCCAGCGCACUUGGCAAGUGAAGAAGAUCUGGAGGCCAACAUUCUCCUCGAGGUGGCCAUGAAGCCAGUGGCCAGCACUGCUUCCCAUGGCGUCGAGGGCCAGAGCGCCGCGCCCGCAACAUCUUCAUCUACCACGCCCAGUUCCAAUUUCUUUUUCUUCGACUACCGAGGCUUGAGUUUGCCGGGAACGAAAGAACAAAACUGGCCGGCGCAGCGGCGAGAGCGGUGGGCUGCAGCGAGGGCGGCGUCGCAGCAGGCGCAGACCUCAGCGGCCACUCCGGGCGGAGACCUGUCUGGUGCAUCCGACGCGUCUGGCGCAGGCGGAAGGAGCGGCGGAUCCUCAGGCUCAGGCGGUGCGAGCUCGUCUAGCGGAGGCGGGCCGACGAGCAGCGGGUCUGGGAGCGCAAAUGAGGCUUCCGGUACAGGAGGGUCCUCCGCGGCAGGUGGUACGGGCCAGUGCAGCCAGCAGCAGGAGCAGCACCGAACGGACGGAGAACAUCAGUGUGACGCAUCCGCCGCGGUCGAGGAUGAGGUGGUCGUCCCUUUGAUCAAAUACGAAGAUGAAAUAGUCUUCCAACCGCCGACGAUUUCUGGCUAUAAUACCGCGGCCCUGACCGGAUCGGGUGAUGGGGGCCUGAUUGCCCUGCAGCGACAGUGCACCGAAGCCGACGCGCACGCCGAGUGGUGCAUCCCGCAUUUGCAAAACGGCUCGUCGGAAGAUUCCGGGGGCGUUCUGGAAAGCAUUAUGCAGAUCGAUAAGUUUCGAAAAGUCCUAGUGGACCACCUGGCGGAGAUUCUGAUGGACAAUUUCUUGCGGCAGCCGCACGAAAUCGCAAACCAACUCCAUUUGGAAAGCGCCGUAUUUCCUCUGAACGGGCAGACGUAUGAAGUGUAUCACCCUAUGCAGUACCUGGUGGCCCUUCGCGCCAAUCCGUACUGGGCUUUGGAAGAAAGCGCUCGAGAAAGUUACCAGAAUAGUGAACAAAUCUAGCAUAUGCUGACUAGAAUCUUUUUGCUAAUGCCAAAAAAAACAAGAAUCUGCCUGGUGGCACAUCAACAUCUCAAACAGCACUCUGUUGCCAACGUGACAACUAUGCAUGUUUUUAUAUGUUGCAUUACACAUACAGACUACAUUAACUAGCAAUAUGACACAUAAUGCUCCAAUAUGACAUCUGACCACGACGCCAUGAAAAACCUUCCAAAACAUGCAUUAUCAUAUUGUAAUAUUGUCAUAUUGUCAUAAUGCAUAUUGCUCGCGACAGCCCGGCGGCUGAAAAUUGGCCACACCCGACACGCUGUCGGCCGGGUGUUGUGAUUCUAGGACCCCUUAGGCGGGUGCGUAUGCAUUCGCGGCAAAUUUGGGGCGAUGAGCCGUAUGCACUUCUUCCGCCCCUCUCGCACUUGCCCAGUCUGCUGAACCUAGAGGGGGCGCGGCGCUCGUGCGCCGCGCCUGGCAACAGUCUACUUCUUUGUUUCCAUAGGCAGCGUCGCAGUUGUAGCGCCUCCUAGUGCGCUGCAGCUUUUAGCAGCAUCGCCCCGGCUCUGGGGCGUCAGCGCUUACUGUACUACGAAAGCGCAACGCGCGAUGCUAAUAGCCACACCCACGCCACGAAUAAAGCAUUAUGACGCAACGACAGCUGAACUUUGAGCAAUUGUGUUUGGGUUCCCGUGCGGAAAAUUCGCAUGAGAGCGGGCGACCCGUGGCAAAGUCAUUCGGGUCGCAACGGCCCAGGUCGCGCACAUGUUCCUCUGGUUCGGACAAUUGUGCCCUUUCACUGAGGGAGAGCGCAUGACGCGCCGUCUCGCUGGCGCUCAAACGAAAUGGAGGGACAGGAGGCGGGCCUUGCAGCGCAAGUAGUGGCGGGCGCUGCCGGGCCCGCUUUCGGAGGCGGGGGUUCCGACUUUCAACACAUUCCGGUCAUUUUGCUCAAAAUGCCGCAGUCAUAUUGUCAUUUUGUCAUAUUGUCAUAUUGCAUAUUGGUAAAAGUGUCGAAAUUUUGCUAGUUAAUGUAAUGUGCACAUAUGAUAAUGAUAAAUAUGCUUAUGCUAGCUUUUGUCUGCGCGAUACAGGUAUACCACACACUCACUUGCCAGGUCGGUCCGAGUAUCGACCGCUUGGCGGACCUGGUGUGGCUUCGGCGCAGGGCGUUUUUGCUGACCCGAACUUUGCUGCCACGCAUGCCCUCGGGGAAGAGCGCGGCGUGCACUGGUGCAAGGCAAAAAGAGAGGAAGGAGACUGGACAUGGAAAGAGAGGCAAGAGAGGAGGCAGCUUUUGACCGAAAUGCAGCGGGAGUAUCUGUGCUACAUGUCCGUGGUCGAUGAAUCCAUCUUCGAACACCUUGAACUAUCAAAUUGCCCACGGAGGGAAAACUAUCAAAUGCAACUAUAUCUGCGUUUGGACUUGCGAUGCGAGGUGUGAAGGAGACGAAGAGGCUCUGUGAUGCAUGAAUGCGACUUAGUCAGCUUUUUUAUCCUGCUGGAUGGUAGAUGGACUCGCAGAAACCCGAAAGAAAUAGUAAUCAUUUCAUGCAGCCCGAAUAUGCCGCACAAGCGGUCACUCUGAAUGUUGCAGGUAUCAGCAACACAAAUUUCCAAAUCCAGACACAUUUGCAGUUGAUAGAAGCAAUAGCAUCCCGGCGCGAACUGCACACGACGAGGAAGAGAGAGUAUUGUCAGCGGGCGGAUUAUCUCGUGUGAAAACGUUCUCACGACUCCAUGAUCAAUAUGGAAACUCUGCUAGACAAAGCCGGGAGUUUUUGGAGCGAUUCAUGACAACUCCGUCAUGGCCUGGAGCAGAUGAUGAAGUCCUGUCAAGCCAUCUGCGUUUCAAGCCAUCUGCGGCCUGGGGCAGAGGCGGGGUCAAACUGUGGUGCAAUUCCUUUAGCAUGACAACUUCAUGAUGGCUACGCAGUAUAGUCGUGACUAACUAACAGUAGCACGGCCGACUCACAUAUCAUCCGCUGCCUGGCCCUGAUUAGAGCAUCUUCACAAAUUUGCAAACUUGGUCGUAGAAAAUGAAAAUGGCUCUGAUGGGAGACCGCAUGACCAUGAGAAAAACACAAAGUCUGAGCGUGCAGAUUUCGAUGACAAGUCUUGGGAGUUGGGGACGUUUUCACACAGGAUACGAAUUUCUGGAGCCCACGGAGUUGUGGGUGGCGGCUGCGCUGAUUUUGGGCGCGGAUCUGACCCUGCAUACGGGCGUGGUCGACCAGGACAAUGUAAUUCAAUGGGACGUGCGCCGGCAACUGCGACUUCCAGCACCGGCGCAGGACAGAACGACCUCCAACUGGAAACACAAUCUCGCAUUUGAUGUCGGUUACUUGGAAAUUGAGCAGUUAGAACUUCAGCCAUCGGUAGUGCAUUUCAACUACUGGGGCAUGAUCGUGCCCGAAACCAAGGAACAUAACCGCCCAGAAAACCGGAGACGGGACGACGAGCCGGAUCAUAGCCAAAUGGUCGACGCUCCUGCUGCGCACGAUGAGGAAGAUGCACGGACUCUAGCUCCCGUUGCGGUCGAAGUUGAUCAUGUGGCACAAGAAGGAAAGGAUUCUUCGUCUGGCUCUGGUCCCGCCGCCGCCACGUCGGUGCAGGACCACGAAGAACGCGAGGGGCGCGCUACAGCGCUGGACGGUGGACAAAGCCCUCUUGAUCAGGAUGCGGCCCCCGGUACGGCAGCUACGCCGAUAGAAGAAGCAGGAGCGGCACCAGCACCCUCUUUUCUUGUACCGGCCCCGGCGCAGGAAGAAGCGGAAGAGCCCGCGGAUGACAUAGAACAUUCUCCUGCACCGCAGGAGGACAAUGCAGAUCCACGACUUCAAGGCGGGGGCGAAGAUGCUCCUCCUGUUGACGCAGAUGGAAACGCCAGCUAGGACGCCGCGUUUGCGGGGAUCUCAGGUUGAAGUUGAUAUUACCUCUCCGGAACUAGCACAAUGAUUCCUUUAUACGCAAAGGCGGCAAUGGCAAAGGACGACUAAUACAACGACAACAAGUCGGCACAACUACUCUUGAAGCUUUUCAUGAAUCGCGUCCAAAGAAGUUCUUCGGCGGCUGGACAGGAGGGCGCGCGCUGACCCCCGAGGAGGUUCAAUGGGUUUAGUCUUGAUCUGGUUUUUCCUGUAUAUUUUUGACGCAGUGCAUAAUGGACGCAAAUAUCGAACAGUUACUUAUUUCUUGAUACAAGUACUUUUUACAAAUAAUAAUUAGUAAUAUGUGUGGCAUGUUCGCACAAUUAUACAUAGGCCCUAACAUGAAGAGAUCACUGCCAGCCCUUUUAAAGGGCUCCAUUGAAGUUUGUUUCUGGUCCAAAUAGUAUGCGGACAACAUGUUGUAAACAUAACUCGUAAAACACAAGAACUAGUGAAGACUGUACAAAUUCUCGUACAGAGGAAUACGAGGAAAAUGACUGAAGGAUAAGGACCGUGAUGAGGCUGCGAACGUGGCACAGAUUCUUGUGAUUGUGUUGUGUAAGGGCAUUUUCUAUACCUCAACUACACUACUUCGACCUCCGCCAGAAAUUUUAAAAUUGGCGAGACAUCAUCUUGUCCCAACUGAACAUAAGCUGUACAACUUUCGCUUCUCUCAGAAAUACCGUGGACAAUUUUCAUUUGGUGUAUCAAGAAGAACAACCUCUAAGCCCUACGUGUAUAAUUUUCAUUAUUCGCAAGAAAAGCACCAGCACCAGUAGUGAUACUUAGAAAUUCCCACUUAGACUUAUGGGAGGCAGCAACACAAUGCUAAAACGAAAAAAUGCAUACUUGUUUUGUGACUACUUGAAAUUGGUUGUGAACCACCGUUCGAAUUUAGAAAUAGUAAGUACCGCAACCCUCACUGAGAGUGACCAGAUGUAGAAUCGCAUUCGCCAUUGCUGCUAGCGACAGCGAGGCCAAGGCAGGUUAUUUCGAACAAAAGAUGCAUCUUGUAUAAGACAUGAGUCACCAGUCGUGCAUUUUGACAGUACAGAAUCGCUUCUCUCGAAGUGCAAGUGGAGCUUUUUUUCCUCUCAAGAGGACUGCUCAAAAAAAAAAGACGAAGGUGAUGACAGAAACUUAACGAUCAGAUCCAGCGAAAUAAGCCGAAAACCGAGACUGUCUCAGUUGCAACGAAACGCCCACCGAAAUUCACGGCUCCGAAAAGGAGUAAGCAGAGAGUCGAGAUCCCCCUAUCACACACCCGCAUGCAGCUCUUAUGUGUGACAAUCCACCACAGAUCAUGAAGACCAUCAACUAGAUCGAACUGCAAACACAAAGUAUUUGACGGUAUAGUUUUAUCCUCAUGGUGAAGAUCCACGACACAACCGGCACGAUCUUUUGCGAUCCGAUUUCUUACCCGACGAAGCUUGAUGCGUCGAACUCAAGGAUCAUCAGACUUCGACGUCAGCUCGCUCGCGAUCGAAAAGAACAGAUCAGAACUAAGAAGAAGAGCCGAGGUCCUCGUACGACGGUUGCUUGAAGCAGAUACAUCCGACCGCCACCAGCCGGUUCUGUGGAGCAGGUCAACAUGUAGCACUACACUGUGCCGUAUUUUUACGGAGAUCAGCAUAAGAUCUGGAAGAUGAUGAUCCGAUGCACGACGACGAGCAUGUGUGGAUCCGGUGAAAAGUCGUGAAGGAUCUCUUUAAGAGUUGGAUGAUAAUUUGCAAUUAGAAGCGCCACCCGAUCUUCUUUGAUGAUGAAAAAAAUCCUCAAGGGGCCUCGAGCGGCUUCCACUGCUCCGCCUAUCCUCCUCGCAGCAACAAGGUUCUACUUAUUCUCUUUAAUUCUUUUCAGAAUCUACCCGAAAGAUGAGCUGCUGCACUAGGUCGACGAUCAUUGAGAACAAUGAAGCAAGCCAUUUCAUCGAAAUUGAAUUAUACAUGCACAAUAAAAUCCUUGACAGCACCAGUUUCACUUGUGACAGAAUUGCUACAAGUAGUUGUGCCAAGUGUUUAUCGCAAAAACAAGAAGUACGGAGUACAAAAACAACCUUCUCUAACAAGAAGUUGUUUCGCCACAAAAAAAUCUCUACAUGGAUAAUUAUUUCUCGUAUUAAGAAUAAAAAUCAAGUCAAAAAUAUUACCGGCUUUGCUCCGCUGGUGGCAGUACUUAUCGCACGUUCGAGUCUAGUAGAUCUCGCGGAUCGAUUUUCCUUGGAAUUUCUACCGUGGGGAAACAGGAACGAGAAAACAAAACCUUUUUCUUUGAGUAAUAAAGAAUUUUACAAGACCUGAGGAAUAAAGAAUUUUACCUUUUACUUUUUGGACAAUUUCUGAAAUCGUUUUGGACAAAUAUCUCGAAAAUCUUCACAUUAUUUCCUUGAAAAUCUCUAACCACUAAAAAAGACCGCAAUAUUUCUAUCGCGCAUCACACAUCUCACGGGGAGAGGGAAUCGGACCGAGACAGGACACCGUCAAACGCCAAACGGUGAGCGUCCACUUUCCUACAACUACCAAAAUGCAGCCGGGACAUCAAAGUAAGAUCACGAUGGCCCCCCGCCCCGGCGGCGGCGCUACUACUUUUCGGAAGCGCGAUGGUGCUUUCGAGCACGAGGACGAUUUUAUGCUCCGGAAGAACGACGGUGUUCGUGUUCGUGUUCAGCAUCACGCUUUUGGUGGACAUGAUACCACCAUGAUGACCAAAUCGUCUGGACAUGGGUCUUACAUGAUUCUGGCUGCCGGCGAGGAACGCGCGGUGGACGUGGAGCAGCCUCCGAGUUUCGCCUCCGACAGCACCGAGGGUAAUUUGUCACAUGACCACAACCCAAAGCCGUUGCCGUUCCCGUUCGGGGAAGAGGAGGAUGGGGAUGGGGGAAACGGAAACUACCACGGCAAGCAGAAAAACCAGUACAACAAGAAGACAGAACAAGAUGCGCGUGGUCGUGCAGCCACUCAGCUGCAAGGCGGAAAAACCGCUUCCCGCCCAAACUGGCUUCUGAUCGCGGCGAUUUCUCUGGGAAGCGUCGUGCUCCUGGCCGGAAUCGCGGUCGGCGUUUGCUACGGGUGUGGGGUUUUCGAGCAAGCGGGUCAAGGACCACCUCUAUGCACUGCAAUAAAGCAUCGUACUACGUUGUAGGAAUUGCAUGACAACAUUGGGGAUAAUUCUUUUCAGACACGGAAAAAGGGUGCUUCUUGUAAAAUGCUGACUCAGAGCGUAGGUCUAGGAGUAAACGAAACCACGUUGUUGUACUAGCUUUAAGUAGUCCUCAUGAUCAAUAUGCAGUACAAUGCAAUUACUGUACGAGAGCCAAGAUGCUUUUGCAUUGCAUAACAGCCUCCGGGGCCAACUAUCAACGGCGGUACGCAGGGGCCCCCGCUGCAGAACCACGCGGAACUACAGCAGUUGAAUGAGCUUGUCCAGCAAGACCCGAUUUUCGCCGAGAUUCAACGGGGGGAGCAGUCGCGUAGCGACAAGCAGCCAAUUCUGGUCUCCUCCGGCCGCAGUUUUGUCGACAUCGAUGCCGCCGUGGCCGCGCUGUGUGACGAGCAGCGGUGCUUCGAUGACGCGACGGGAGAAGAGGUUGAGGUGGAAGAACAUCCGGGCCAGGCGCGCGUAGUUCAUCUUCAUGGCCAGUCCAAUGAUCAUCUUCAUGCGGAGAUGAUGAACAAGAACAUGGGAAGUUCUAGUAGAACCACUUCCUUUCUGCAGCAGCAAGAUAAAGCAACUGGACGCGACACCAGCAGAAGUUCUCCUGUUGUCAUUCACCAGAAUGCUGAAAAUAACAAUCACAACAAGCGCCGCCCGCUCGUGUUUCCGAACAACCCACUGUUAGCUUUUGUGCGGGCCUGGAAUGGAUCCGGAGCAGCGGGAAGUAGUGUUGCUAAUCAACACCAGCAGGGAGGUAAUGCUGUGAGCGGAAAGGAUGCGUUUCUGAACGCGACCACCCCGCCGAGAUUCUUCUUCUGCCGGAGGCGCAAUAGUGGUUCUGGUGGAAACCAGCAUCAAACUGUGGAUCCCUCGUCCUCGCAGGAGCAACAGCAGCUAUGUAAAUACCCAGCUGUAGGCAGGGACGGCAUCGCUUAUGAAUCGCCGGAGCACUACGUAGCAGCCGGUGCCGCGGCGCUCCUUCCAGGGAAUCAACAUCAUCCUGGCGGCGGAAUGAAGCUGUUCAAAAACUUGUUGCUCAAGAAACUGAUGGACGGGUGGCGAAAGCUGCACAACCUACCGGAGGUGCCGGACGUGGCGGUGCUCCCGCAUCCUCCGGGUUCGAACGGUGGACUGCCGCCGCAGCAGCCUGGAGGGGGACUCCCGCCGCACCAGGUUCUGCAAGGCGGCGGCGGUUCGAGCCAGCAACUACCGGGAGCCGCCGGCAUGCCUCCAGGCGGUCACCAAGGCGGUUCGGGUCCUAACCAAGGUCAGCAAGUAGGCGGAGCACAAUCUGGCGGUCAACAAGGCGGUGCUGGAAACCAAGGUGGUCAGCAAGGUGGACAGAGCAACCAAGGACACAGCAACCAAGGACAGAGCAACCAAGGACAGAGCAACCAAGGACAUGCCGGGAACCAAGAUCAGCAAGGUGGACAGAGCAACCAAGGACAGAGCAACCAAGGACAGAACAGCCAAGGCCAGGGCGGACAGAACAAUCAGCAAGGCCAAGAUGGACAGAGCAACCAAGGCCAGGCCGGCGGGGCGG